AUGAGUGCGAAUAUUUUUGUUACUGGGGCAUGUGGUUAUAUCGGAGGAUCUAUUGUCGCUGAAUUUUCACGCCACAAGGGUGGUCUUCUUGAGACGGCCAAAAUUCAUGCUGCAGUCCGGUCGGAUGAGCAAGCUGAGAGUUUGUCGAUGUUAGAUGUUAGCGUUGUCAAAAUUGAUCUUAGCAAUCCAUAUGCACUGGCUGGGUAUAUGAUUCGCAAUGACGUUAGCAUCGUCAUUCAUACUGCCACCUCAAUAGACGCAGAGGUGACUCAAAAUCUUAUAACGGCGCUGAAGAAGCGUCGUGAAGCUAAUGGUAAAAAAGCGUUUUUCAUUCACACUUCCGCGCUAUCGGCUUUCGAUGACAACACCGGUUGGCCAUUUGGGGAAGUAAGAGAUAUUGACCCAGUCUAUUUUCUCGAGAAACAAUGUACGGACUCGUACAUUGUCAGGCAGGUUGACGUUCUCGUCGCCGAACAAACACAAGCAGCCGGCCUAACAGGCCUGAUAGUCAUGCCUCCAACACUUCAUGGACGAGGCAGUGGAACCUGGAACCGAUUAUCACCACAAAUCCCCGCCCUCGUCAAAGCUGCAAUCAAAAAUAAACAGGUAUACAAAUUCCCAAAAGACAAAGAAGUCGUCUUAACACACAUCUCCGACCUGACAACCUUCUACGCACAAUUAACCGAAGCAAUCCUUCAAAAAAGAGCCCUCCCCGCGUGUCAAUCAGGGUACUACUUCACCGUGUCCCACUCCGUCCGGUGGUGGGAUAUCCUCGACCGAUUAGCAGCAGCAAUGCACGCACGCGUACUCGUAGACGAACCAACAACCAAAAUAUGGCCGAGCGACGCGUUCGCAGCAGAGUCACUCGGUGUCCCGGUGAAUUUUGCGCACAGCAUAUGGGAUUCAAGUCCGAAAGUCGUUUGCGUGAACAAAGAUCUAAUCGGCUGGAAGCCUAUCUGGAAUAGCGAGCGAUUACUGGAGAGCAUGGACGAGGAGAUUAAUGACUUCCUCGAGUUGGGAAUGCCUACAAGUAGUCUCCUGGCUUCUUUGGGGCCUGAAGCAAGGAGGUGA